AUGUUCAUUGGCAUAACAGGGCCAAGCUGCAGCGGGAAGCACACAGUUGCUAAAUAUUUAGUCGAACACCAUAAUUUUACACUACUUGCCCUUGAAACGAAUACCGCUCAUACCCACCAACCCAUUCGUCAACAUGCGCGCGUCUUCCCCACAUUGAAACAAAUGCAGCGCUUCGUCACCGAACGAUGGCGAGAAAAUUACGUUACAUGUGACAUUGACGGCCGCGGCCUUUGGCUCUUAAAAAAACGCCCUUUUUUCUUACUGGCAGCUGUCGAAGCCCCUAUUUUUAUGCGAUACGAACGAUGCGUGGCAAGAGACGAAGCCAGAGGUGAACGACCAUUAACAUUGGACGAAUUUGUCAGAAAGGACGACUUGGCCUUGUUCAACAAAGAAUCAAAUACACCUUUAUACACCCUAAUGUCGUUGUCGGACGUUGCCAUCACAAACACGUUCAAAGACCCUUGCGCUUUCUUUGCUUCAUUGGACAAGCUGGAAUUGACCAAUUUUGAACGCCUGCGACCUUCUUGGGAUACCUAUUUCAUGCAUCUGUCUGAUUUAGCAGCUCGAAGAUCGAACUGCAUGAAGCGUCGAGUAGGUUGUAUCUUGGUAAAAGAUUCCCGUGUCAUUGCGACUGGAUAUAACGGUACUCCGCGCGGAUUACGAAAUUGUAACGAAGGCGGUUGCGAUCGAUGCAAUCAAGGUGCCCCUUGUGGUACUGGCCUGGAUCGGUGUUUAUGUAUGCACGCUGAGGAAAACGCUUUGCUUGAGGCGGGAAGAGGACGGGUGGAUUUCAGCAAUGGUGUUGUUCUUUACUGCAAUACAUGCCCUUGUCUCGGUUGUGCAAUUAAAAUUGUGCAGCAGGGCGUUAAAGAGGUUGUUUAUUCGAAAUCCUAUGGUAUGGAUGAAAUGACAUCCAAGGUGUUUCAAGAGGCAAAAGUGAAGAUGCGACAACACAGUCCGCCGAGCAUGCGAUUAGAAAUGCAAGUUGAUAUCACCGAACUCGAUGAAGCAAUUGUAGGCUCAUUGGGUUGGGACCGUCAAGAAGCAGAACGUCGCGACUCUUUACCAGAUGUAUCUUAG